CAUCUGCCAUUUAAUAAUAGUGCACGGCAAAGCAUGGUCGCAUCGUUCUUCGUUUCUUUACUAAAUUCUUUCCAUUUUAGAAUAUACUUUUCACUUCCAUUAUGUCUAUACUAUUAAUAGUAAUAAUUAAUUGUAGUAUUCUUCUAACCUCUUCAUACAUGGAGAGUGAGCUCAAUCUGGAAGAAUUUUUUAAAGAAUCUCAUUGUAUUCCAGAGCCGUCCGAAAAUUUUCUUUCGCAAUAUAUAUCGAAAAACGCUGUACAAAGUGAAAGAAGUACAAGCUCUGUGAGAAAUUACAGAUCGGAAGUCAAUCUCCUGGUACAAUUCAACAAAAUAGAAUUCGCUUACAAUGUGGAAAGUGAGGAGGGUCCUGUUCAAGAGAGAAUAUUCAAUAUUUCGCUUGAACUUGGAGACGAAACAUUUUAUGGUUCAGGGAAAAGCAAGAAAGAAGCUAAGGAAAAGGCUGCCAAAGAAGCAAUCGAAAAUACUACUUAUAAAAAACCUUUGAUACGCCCUAAAGACAUAGAUGUAAUUGAUGAAAAUUCACCUCCCACCGUGAUUCUUAAUAAUCUAGGAUUGAAGCAUGGCUACCAGAUACAUUAUUAUAUGGUUGAUCCAGUGUUAUCAAAUAGAGUGAUAAAUUUGAAACUACUAAAGGAAAAAUCUCAAUUUACAAAUUCCUCAUUUUGGAAGGAAGUAGCUCAUUUGGACGAACCACCCAAAAGUCCAUUCAGCGUCGAGGUAGAUGUAGAUGGCCAAAGUUUCUUUGCUAAAGCCCACACGAUUCAGUCUGCUAAACACGAUGCUGCUAUGAAAGCUAUAAAAUAUUUGAAGACAAAAGGUUCGGAUAAGAGCAGCCUAUGCACUACCGAAGGUAAAGAAGUUGAGUGUGCUAAAGCGAAAGCUAAAUUGAAGUCUCCGAUAAGUAUUCUAUAUGAAUACGCUCAGAAGAGGAGGCUCUCUCUUGAAUUCAACGAAUUGGAAAGAUCGGGACCAGCACAUAAACUAAUUUUCGAGAUGGAGUGUACAUUAGGGCCGGAGAAAAUAAGUGCCAAAGGCAGAUCGAAGAAAGAAGCUAAGAGAAUAGCUGCAGAGAAGAUGAUUGAAAUAAUACCUGAUCUAGAUUUACCUACAGAUUUGAACGUUGAUCCAACAUCAGAUGGCACUACUAAACUGAAGGGAGGAAAGAGAAAAGCUUCAAAAACUCUAUUAGAUGAUACGAAAGACGCUCUGAACAAUAUGGUCAAUUUUUUCAGUUCAGGUGAUGAAAGUGCAAAAAGUGAAACUCAAACGAACCUUGAUGAUGAAGAGAGUAAAAAAUCGAAAAAAAAAAAGAAUAGUGGUAAUGAUUGGUCCCCAAUGGAGAAACUAGCAGAGACAGGAAAAGCUCUAAAUUUGAACGUGCAGUUUCACACAAUGCCAAGGAAAAAAUCGGGGUUUUACUCCAUAUUGAGUCUAGAUCUGAAUCCUUCUCAUAUCUGUUUGGGAAUUGGUUCAAACAUCGAAACAUCACAAGAGUAUGCUGCUCUGAAUGGUUUGAAAUUCUUGCAUAAACUUGAUGUGUUAGAGGGAGUGGAAGAAAAUGACUUGGAUAUCGCAAGAUUUUCAUUUGACAACUACAUAUGGCUCACAAAAGAACACACUGAAGAACUUUGAGGUACACAUCACAGAUUUCGAAAUAUUAAUUUUUAUAAUGACAAUUUUAAUUUAAGACACGAAUUCCUUUGUUCCUUUUUUAUGUCUGAAUUGUUAUUUUUUGUUUUUAAAAAUAAACAUUUUGUGUUCAGUA